AUGGCGUCUGUUUCUGAAUUAUAUGAUGUAACCUGGGAAGAAAUGCGAGAUAAACUUAGAAAAUGGAGAGAAGAAAAUUACCGGAACAGCGAGCAGAUAGUUGAUGUUGGAGAAGAGCUAAUUAAUGAACAUGCCUCAAAGCUUGGAGAUGACAUUUGGAUCGUUUAUGAACAAGUGAUGAUUGCUGCCCUGGACUGCAGCAGAGAUGACUUGGCGUUGACGUGCCUUCAAGAACUGCGCCGGCAAUUUCAGGGCAGUCACAGAGUGAAGAGGUUGACUGGCAUGAGACUGGAAGCUUUGGAAAGAUAUGACGAUGCCUUCAAAAUAUAUGAUGCCAUACUGCAAGAUGACGCCACCAACACAGCUGCAAGGAAGCGUAAGAUUGCCAUUCUUAAAGCCCAAGGGAAAAGCACAGAGGCCAUCCGAGAGCUGAAUGAAUAUCUGGAACAAUUUGUUGGGGACCAGGAAGCAUGGCAUGAAUUAGCAGAGCUUUACAUCAACGAACAUGAUUAUGCCAAAGCAGCAUUUUGUUUAGAGGAGCUCAUGAUGACCAAUCCGCACAAUCACUUAUUUUGUGAGCAGUAUGCAGAGGUUAAAUAUACUCAAGGUGGAACUGAAAAUUUAGAACUGUCAAGAAAAUAUUUUGCUCAGGCUUUGAAGCUGAACAACAGGAAUAUGAGAGCUUUGUUUGGGCUUUACAUGGUAAUACACUAA